AUGGGGAGACUUUCACAGAAACUCUCGGACAUCGCCUCCUCCAUGACGAGCGGCAGCAGCUCCGUGGUGAGAGAGACACACUCCUCCCGCGUCGAUCAUGACGAACAUGACUCCCGAGUCAGCCACAGCUCCCGGCAAUCGAGGAGGAGCUCUGCAGCGGGAGGGACACGCUCUUCUCGCGUCGAUCAUGAUGGCCGUGACUCGCGAGUCAGCCACAGCUCCAGGCGAUCAAGGAGGAGCUCCGUGGCCGGAGAACAACACUCCUCCCGCGUUGACUCCAACACCAGCAAUGUCUCCAGGGCCGAAGGCGAUCACGACUCGAGUAUCAGGCGGAAGUCGAGGAGGAGCUCAGUGGCAGGAGACAGCCACGCCUCCCGCGUUGAUUACAACGGCCGUGACUCCCAAGUUACCCACAGUUCCAGACGAUCUCGUACCUCCCGCGUUGAUGAUGGCGGCCGCGACUCCCGAGUGAGCCACAGCUCCAGGCAAUCUCGAUCUGGCGAUGGCGGACAUUCUCAUACCUCGCAAGCGCAAGAUAUAGACGACUGGGUUUCCACCGCUAAGGCCACCCCCACGACAUUCACGUCGAUCCUGGGUCGUGAAAGCUUUCUGUCCCCAGCAGAUGAACGGCGACCUGGGUCUUCAAGGGCCAACCGCUCAAGCCGCAACGCCCAGCUCGCUCCCCGCGACCCGGUCGUCGACGGCAUGACGCAGGACUUUGACAACAUAUCAGUCGGCAGCACACGGCACGGGGGCAGCAGGGCCAGCACGGUCUACCCUGAAGAUUCAGCAAGCCAGGUACGGGCUUCUCCCUCGACAAUCAGCUCAAGGACGGUUGGUCGCUCUAGCCGAGCUUCAGCAGUAAGUGAACAGCGCCAUGGGUCUUCACGAGCCAACCGCUCAAGCCGCACGAAUCAGUCCAGUCUGCGAGACCUUGACAACAUGUCAGUCAGCAGCACCAGGCACGGGGGAAGCAGGGUGAGCACAAUCUACCCCGAAGAUUCCGCAAGCCAGGUUAGGGUAUCCGCACGGCACCCAACGGAGAACUGGAGUUCACGGGGCUCGGUGGCGUCGUCUGCCACUGUCAGGCCUCAAGCUCCCAUGCGGAUCCCCCCGGUUGAUCACAAUUCCUCCUCUGGCCGUAGCCGUAUAGACUCUGUCAGGAUGUCAUCCAGCGCAAAGGGGAGCAUGCCGCGAGUCGAUCACAGUUCUUCAGGUGGCCGUAGCCGUACGGGCUCUACCAGAGUAUCAUCAGAUGCAAUGAAGAGUACGUCCAUGGCGGGAACUUCCACCUCCUCGUCUCGACGGCGAUCCAACGAGCGACGGCCCUCACACGAGCAUUGCUCUGCACACGAUGUCAAUCCGAAUUGCCCUGGCCACGACGUCAACCCGAAUUGUCCUGUACAUGGCGUCAACCCGAAUUGUCCUGAACACGACGUUAAUCCAAAUUGUCCUGUGCACGGCGUCUUCGAGCAGCGCGGCAACCACGCCUCAACACACCGGCAAUCUGGCCCCGGGUGUAGGGGAAUGCAUGUUCACACUGCGUCUGCGGAGCGGCGGGUUGGGCAUGGGUACUGUGAGGAGCACUAUCAGUACACCAGCUAUUCGCAGUACGAGCAGGAUCACUGUUGUCAUCAUGAACACUGUUAUCAGGAUGACCACUGCUGUUAG